CCAGAGAGAUACGUAAAUGGCGCAGGAAGUUCCUGAACCGACAUACGAGCCGGAAGUCGAAGAAGACGCAAGGAGAAAGCGUGAGCACCGAGUUGUUCAGGAGGGCACGGCGUUAUGGAGGCGACGGAAGGAGGAGCUGCAACGUCAAAAGCACCGCGAGCAACGUGAACUGCAGGAAAUUCUGGCCAAUUACUCGCCGUGGGGUAAGCCAGGUGGCGGCGCGCCCUGCGCGGCCACCCUGAGGAAGAGAAACGUGCCCCUGGAGCCGCUCGAACCAUUGAGAUGUCACAGUUUCGGUCAGGGUUGGACGAGCAACUCGACCAUCGACAGACUAUACAAGAGGAACACGGACCCUCCGGCUGUUGUGGACGUGAAUAAAUUCUACGAUGACAGGGCGACGCCAGGUAUUGCUUCGGAAACACAAUUGCAAGACCCGAGGAAUUUCUAUAAGGAGGAGGUUCAGGUGUAUAAACUUACGGGUGGUGUCGAAUUGGUACCUUUGUUAACCAGCAGACGCCAUCAGUCGUAUCCACAGUCCAGCCGAUAUCUCGCCACGGAUGCCACUCGUCCGGGAUACACGAUAGAAUCGCUUCGCGCGCUUGGCGUUGAUAAUCGAGAGUACAUCGCGGAUCUCGCUGAGCAAAUACGACGUAAGCGGGACAGGGCGUUGGAAGAACGGCGGAUCGAACAAGAGAGUUGUCGCAGGCACUUCGAUACUUGGAAAAGGCUGUGGGGUAGACCCGGCCACGGUGCCCCCAUAGAUCACACACAACGGAACAAUCUCUACAACAUCCUCCAUCGACCGGCUAUCUAUUGAAUUUUCCCGUAAAGCGCCUUCGAGCGAGCGUAAAAGCGGAGGUGACUCCGUCUUUCUGCAAAAUGCCGCCUUUUAUUAUACGAAACGAAUAAGGAGAAGGCUAUUAGAUACCAGCGACCAACACGAGAUAGGAAGUAUCGUUUCCAUAGGAGAUAGUAGAGCAUAAUAUAUAAAUAAUCUUCCUGGUUCUUCGAGGAGGAUGAUAGUGAGCGAAGUGCAUAAUAUAAUCCCUCAAUUAAAUGUAGAUUAAAAUCUCUCUUAUGCAGACCGUUUAUUUUCAAAGUCAAUCAAAUUUUGUAACGUACAUAAGAAAUUUAACUGGAUACCGUGUUUGAGAUUCGUCGGUUUUAAUAAGAUUUUAAUGAAAAUUAUUUUCAAAAUAAG